CCUCCCGGAAGUCCUGUGCUGUCUCUCUGCUGCCUCCUCUGGUUCACAUGAGUUUACCCUGUGACUCCAUAUGUGCAACUCAUUGACGUUUACCGUUCACUUAAGUCGAAUAAUCGGUGGUGCUUUCGGAGACGGGUGUGUGUGUUCGGUCGGGGUUCCGGUCGUGUCGGCACCGGGCCGUGCAGUGGGCUCCGGUCCGCAGUCUCAUCCGCCUCCUCCGUCAGUGACAUUGACAGAGCCAGUUGUGUUGUGCUGCUGUGCACAACUUCAUGUGUGUGGAGGAACGGCGGCUGCCGGUGCUUCCCCCGCGGUUUCAGCCCCUGCUUCGGCUACAAUGAGCGGCUACUUCAGCCUGUCGGACUGUGAUGUGAUCGGGUUCGACCUGGACCACACACUGUGCCGGUACCAUCUGAAGGAGACCUCCAGGCUGAUCUAUGAGAGCUUCGCCAGGUACCUGGUGGAACAUAAAGGCUAUGACAAGGACCUCCUGAACCUCACUCCAGCCACAUGGGACUUCUGUUUCAAAGGGCUGGUGGUUGAUCUUGAGGAUGGGAACCUGGUGAAGUUGGCUGAAGAUGGAACUGUCUUGCGGUAUGAUCCUGACUUUAUGAAAUGUCCAAAACAUUCCAGAAGUCCUUCUGUCACAGCAGUGGUUGUUUUUUCAGGGGUUUUGAUCGAAUUGUUGUAUUUUUGUCUAAUUAGAGCAACACAUGGAACUAAUGAUCUCAGCACAGAGGAGAUCAUUAAGCACUACGGUCCGAAAAGGGAGUGGAAGCACUUCAACAGCCUCAACACCUCCUUCACAAGAUCUGCAAAAUAUUAUUUCUAUGACAACUACUUUGACCUACCUGGGGCUUUUCUUUGCGGAAGAGUUGUGGACAUGUUGCAUAAGCGAGGAAAUGAGGUGAACUCUGACUUCUGGAAAGACAUGGUCGCCGCCAUCGAUCACAAUUACAACACAUCUGCUUUCAAAGACGAUGCAGGGACGUACUUCCCCAGUGUGAAGAGGGACCCAGGUCGGUACCUUCAGCCCUGCUCCGACUCUGUGAAGACCUGGCUGCACAGCAUGAAGAACGCCGGGAAAGUCCUGCUCCUCAUCACCAGCUCCCACAGCGACUACUGCAGGCUCAUCUGCGAACACAUCCUGGGGAAGGAUUUUGAGGAGCUGUUUGACGUCAUCAUCACAAACGCGCUGAAGCCGGGUUUCUUUUCCUUGGUUCCCCAGCAGAGGCCUUUCAGAACCCUUGUGAACGACGUGGAGGAGAGCGAGGGGCUGCCGUCGCUGGAUAAACCCGGCUGGUAUUCCCAGGGCAACUGGCCACACCUCCACGAGCUGCUCAAGACCAUGACGGGGAAACCGGAGCCCAAGGUGGUGUAUUUCGGAGACAGCAUGCGAUCGGAUAUGUUUCCUGCCAGCAGCUUUGGGAAGUGGGAGACUGUGAUGAUCGUGGAGGAAAUGGAGGGGGAGGGUGUGCCGAAGAGCGAUGCAGCCAAAUCCAAUGAGGCCCAAGUGGAGCCGCUAGAGAAAAAGGGAAAGUUUGAGGAGCAGGGCAUGAAGUCGCCCUCUGCCAUUUCCAAUCAGUGGGGCUCCUACUUUGUGGACGUACACCAGAGUGGAGGAGGAGACGAGGAGAGUCAGAAACUGACCUGGUGCUGCCACUGCAUCCACAAGUACAGCACCAUGGCCAUCCCCAGUGUCGAGCACAUAGCAGAUCUGCCUCUGGAUUACAAGUUCCCCAGGUUCUCCCCCGACAAGCCCUGCACCACUGGCUACUACCCCCGGCCUCCGGAUUCUUUGCUGAAGAGGUGCGAGAGUAUGUCGUAAAAGAAAAAAAAAAAAAAAAAGAAUAAAAGAAGAGAAAAAAGAGAAAAAAGUCCUCCCUUUCCCUUCAGCCUCAGGAGAGGAAUGUGCCUCCAUUUUUGCCUGUAGUUUUCCACCUGACCCCACAGGACACAUAUACUACACCCCCCAACUCCACCCAUUCAGAUGUGAAUGUAAGCCACAGUAUCUCUGUAAUAACGCCUACAUUUGAACGUUGUGUCGUGGUUUAGUGUACCGUGGAAAUACGACAAAUUGACACAAUUAAGUGUGAGUGUGCGUGUCCACAUACAGUAACAAUAGGAGAUGUUGUGUUCUUACUGUUUCAUGUGUGAACCCUUUCUCUUAUUUUGUACGGUAGAGUGUUUGACAAUUCUUCUGAACUUUUCUGUGACCGUUUACCUGUACCCCUGAAGUGAUUACCUCAAGAUUGCGACAGUCACAAGAGUGUUUGUCCCUAAAAAUCCUUCAUUGUGUCAGUAUUUCUGUAUGACUUGUAAAGUUUUUCUUUUUGAAAUCUAGUUUUACUGUAUGCAUUUUAGUACGCUAAACCUGACAUUUAAGUCUACUGUUCCCCUCCCUGUGUCAGUUUGGUAGAAGGUGUUCUUCAGGUCAUUGUUGCCAAAGAUCUGGCACAGUGCUGUCUUUUGUGUUGGCUGUUUCAAAAAACACCAUUCGGGAAACACUUAAUAAUUCUAAUAAUAAUAAUGAUAAUAAUUCUAAUGGACGACGAAGACUAUGCUAGAUGUUCUCUGUAUUAUUUCGGUGCAACAGUGACAUGUGCUCUUUGAGUGAUUGUGUAAAAAAA